GAAACUGGCACUCUUUGCAGAAACCGCGAGCCGAGGUGUGAUCUGUUUUUGUUACCCAGAUCGCUAAAAAUUAUUUAUACGAUGUGCCUGUGAUUUUAUUUCCAAAGUUUCAAGUUUAUUUCCAGUGAAGGACGAAACGGUCGCGUUUGAUUGAUUCUUUUAGCCGGGCAUGUAUGAGGUAACUUAUUUGGCUGAUGUUUCAAUGCAGGUGUCCUGUUUAUCUUAUUUACGUCGGUUAUAUUUGGGUUCAUCGGUUUUUGCUUUUACUUAUGUUUGGAGUGGUGAAUCCAUUUAAAGGAUGAAUGAGACCUGCAACCUCACCUUCACACAAGGCAUCCUACACCUUCAGUUAGCCACAGCGAUCCCCACCUUCAUCGUUGGGGUUGUGGGGAACAUCUACGUAUUUGCGAUGUUCUGUCGGCGUCCCAGAAAAGACUGGACUUCCAUGAUGGUCUACAUCAUGAACAUGGCCAUCGCUGACUGCGUCGUGUUAUUGUUGCUUCCCGUGAGGAUAAAGUCCUACUAUGAAGACUCGAGGAAAAUCUGGAAACUAUGGGACCAUUCCAACAAGGAACUGUGUUACGUUCUCGUGUCGAUGCAUUUCGUCAACAUGUACGUGAGUAUCUUCACAAUGACGGCCAUAAGCGUGGUGCGUUACUUGGCCAUCAAGUAUCCCAUCAGGGCCAGGAGUGUUUUGUCCUGUAAAAUAGCCCUGUUGGUCUGUGUGCUCAUAUGGGUGAUCAUCUGCUCUUUAAGUGCUUGUUUUCACUACGUGGAUAAGAUCGAAGACAACACGACCAAUUUUAAGUGCUUUCAGAAGAACAAACCAAAGGCACUUGACGUGAGCUUCAUCCUGGUGUUGGUCAUAGUUGGGUUCCUGUUACCCCUUCUGAUCAUGUUGUAUUGCUCCAGUAAAAUCGUUUAUACCCUCCGGAAGCAGUUAGACGUUGGAUCUCGUUCUGAGAAGAUUCAAUGCAUAUUUAUCAUCAGUGCCAAUUUAAUUGUUUUUGUCAUAUGUUUCUUUCCAGUCCACUUUGGGUUUCUUUAUAAGUUCCUUUUGCAAGAGCAUAAAUACAGUUGCGAUGCACAGGAUUUUGCGCACAACUUUGUGCACGCUGCCACGGGCUUGUCCAUCAUGAACUCCGGUCUGGACUGCUUCAGUUAUUAUUUUGCAAACAAAACGACGUGGAAUAUUUGUGGCUUGAAUAAAACAAAAGACAGUGGCGAAGAUAACGUUGCACUUCAAGACUGAAUUUGUAGUCGCUUCUAGACGUGUAAAUGCUGCGUUCACAUUAGCAGCGACUUUAUUGCUGCAUGUUGCCAGGGACGGGCGCUUAGUUUGCCAGUAGGGUUGGGGAUCAGUUGGACUUCAACAAUUUCGCUUCUGAUCAAUUCCGCUUCCAAUUUUGUUGUUUAGUAACCGUGUUUUUGUCAGCUUGAGUACCCUUUCUAUUACUAUAGUUUAUCUAAGUUGGAUAGUUGUUACGUGGCUCGCAUCUUCACUAACGUUUACAAUAUGCGUUCAUAUAGCAAGGAAGGCCCUGGCAGAUCACAGUUGAAACACGACACAGACUUUCUUAACCCUUGUGCAUCAAUUUAAAAAAGUUAUACAUAGGUUCACAGGGGACAAAAAUGUCCAUGUCCAAAAAGUGUCAUAAAAAUAUUAUAAUUUAUAUUUUUUUCCACUUUCACUGAUGCUAUUUUUUUUAACCAGCAUCAGCUCUAAUCACAAUGACCAAACAUUCAUUAAUUUUCAGAAUUUUAACCCUUUAAAUGCUGGUUUGUUUACACAAUGCCACUGCUGUUUUUUUAUGAAAAAAAGAAAAUUUUUAAUUAUUUUCAAUUUAGUAAAUGCUAAGCAGAUUUUUUUUCUUUGAGUAUUACAGCCUUGGAUAUGUCAAUGAUUAACAACAACAUUAAUUUUUAUGCAUUCAUAUUUUUUAUGCAGUAUCAGAUUUAAAAAAAAGUUACCUCUCAGGUCCAUAAAGGACAAAAAUGUCCAUGUCAAAAAAGUGUCAUAAAAAUAUUAUAGAUUAAUAUUUU